AUGCAAUCUAUAAAGAAAACUUUGAAAUCUUAUGGUUCUUACAACAAAUACUCCAGAAGGUUUUCCGUAAACGGAAACCCAGAUUCCGAGCACGAGCAGCUUCCAAUCCUCCGAGAUCAAGAAACCCGCCACCCUUAUCUGAUGGCCGGAGAUGAUGUUGUCGUGAAGAUUGAUGAGGGAGAACCCGCUCAGGGAAGCAAGAUUUGGAGGGAGUCCAGCUAUGAUUUCUGGCAGAAGGACGGCACCGCCGGUGACAAUGCUCGCGAUGAGAGUUUUGAUUUCCGGCAAAAGGGUCAGACGGAGGACCCGCCGUCGAAGCUGAUUCGAAAGUUUUUACACAAGCAGCAGGCUUCCGGCGAUAUGUCGCUGGACAUGGAUUUGGAAAUGGAGGAGCUCCAGAACGACGGCGAAGGAGACGGCGACGGCGACGGUGACGGCGAGGAGAAGUUGACGCCGGUGGAGGAGUCUCCGAUGACCUACCGGAUGUCGAAGGAGCUCAAGGUCUCGUUCGAGGAACCCGCUUCCAAUGUGGUCGAGGUGGCGAACGAUACUCCUGUUAGAAGAAGGCACAGCAAGGACUCGCCGUCGCUCGGAGAUUUUCAAAGGCCUCCGCAACCGCCGCAUCACGACCGUCGUCGGUCUCCGUCUCCGGCUCAUAAUGGUGAUGCCGAGGUUUUGACGUGUACCUCGAACGCUUCAUUUGAAAGGAACCUUUCGAUGCAGAGGAAGUCCAUUUUGUUGAAGACCAAAACCAGGUCCAGAUUGAUGGACCCGCCUGAGGAACCCGACAGGAGAUCGGGUCGGGUCCCUAAAUCCGGUCAGCUUUUUUCCGGGUUUCUGGGUGGUAAAAAGGGUGAUGAUGAGGAAGAUGAUCCGUUUUUGGAAGAUGAUAUUCCUGAUGAGUAUAAGAAGACCCAUUUUAGCUUCUGGAUUCUGCUUGAGUGGUUGAGUUUGAUUUUGAUCAUUGGUGCACUGAUAACCACGCUCAGUGUUUCAAUUCUGAGGGACAAGAAUCUCUGGCAGCUUAAGUUGUGGAAAUGGGAGGUGAUGAUUCUGGUUCUUAUUUGUGGUCGGUUGGUUUCUGAUUGGGUGAUAAGGAUUGCUGUGUUCUGCAUUGAAAGGAAUUUCCUUUUGAGGAAGAGGGUGCUCUAUUUUGUGUAUGGUGUGAAGAAAGCAGUUCAAAAUUGUCUAUGGUUGGGCCUUGUUUUGAUUGCUUGGCAUUUUUUGUUUGAUAAGAGAGUUCAGAGGGAGACUAACAGUGAUUUCCUGCAAUAUGUCACUAAGGUCUUGGUCUGUUUCUUGAUUGGUACUUUGGUGUGGUUGCUGAAAACUCUUGCGGUUAAGGUUCUGGCUUCUUCAUUCCAUGUAAGCACCUACUUUGAUAGGAUUCAAGAGUCACUGUUUAAUCAAUUUGUAAUUGAAACACUUUCGGGGCCACCUUCGAUAGAACUUCAAAAGGCUGAAGAAGAGGAGGAAAGGCUUGCUGAUGAGGUUCAGAAGCUGCAGAAUGCUGGGGUUACCAUACCCCCUGACCUUAGAGCAACUGCCUUCCCUACUCUCAAGAGUGGGAGGUUGAGGAGUGGAAUGCUCCCGAAAAGCCCCAGAGCAAAGAGUAGCAAGUUUUCACGGCCACUUUCCAAGAAGUCAGAUGAUGGGAAUGGGAUAAGUAUUGAUGACCUGCAUAAGCUGAAUCCAAAUAAUGUCUCUGCCUGGAAUAUGAAAAGGUUAAUGAAUAUGGUCCGGCAUGGCGCCCUUUCUACAUUGGAUGAACAGAUACUUGACUCAACUAAUGAUGAUGAGAAUGCCACGCAAAUUAGAAGUGAAAAUGAGGCUAAAGCAGCAGCAAAGAAAAUAUUUCAAAAUGUUGCUAGGCGCGGCUGCAGGUAUAUUUUCCCGGAGGACUUGAUGCGUUUUAUGCGAGAAGAUGAAGCUGCAAAAACCAUGAAUCUCUUUGAAGGAGCUUCUGAUUCUGGGAAAAUCAGCAAAUCAGCCUUGAAGAACUGGGUGGUCAAUGCAUUCAGGGAGAGGAGAGCACUUGCUUUGACAUUGAAUGACACUAAAACGGCAGUGAACAAACUUCAUCGAAUGCUCAAUAUUUUAGUUGCCAUUAUUAUACUGGUUAUUUGGCUCUUGAUAUUGGAAAUUGCCACCACCAAAUUUCUUCUCUUUGUGAGCUCACAGCUUGUCUUGGUUGCAUUUAUAUUUGGAAACACCUGCAAGACCGUAUUUGAAGCAAUUGUUUUCUUAUUUGUCAUGCACCCAUUUGAUGUGGGAGAUAGAUGCGAAAUUGACGGGGUCCAGAUGGUUGUAGAAGAAAUGAACAUAUUGACAACCAUAUUUCUAAGAUUCGAUAAUCAAAAGAUUAUGAUACCUAACAGUGUCCUCGCUACUAAGGCCAUAUAUAAUUUCUACCGGAGUCCUGACAUGGGAGAUGCUAUCGAAUUCUGUAUACAUGUAUCUACCCCAGUUGAAAAGAUUUCACUCAUGAAACACAAAAUACAGAGUUACAUUGAUAACAAGAAGGAGCAUUGGUAUCCUUCACCUUUUAUAGUCUUCAAGGAUCAUGACCAAUUAAACAUGGUGAGAAUGGCGAUUUGGCCAACUCAUAGAAUGAACUUCCAAGACAUGGGAGAAAGAUUUGUGAGGAGAUCCCUUUUGAUUGAAGAGAUGAUCAAGAUUUUCCGGGAGAUUGACAUGAAUUACCGUCUCAUGCCACUUGACAUUAACGUUAGAGGUGUUCCUACCACUUCUGACCGGCUUCCACCUAGUUGGACUACUGUCCCAAAUUGAGUACAACGAACGAAAUCCAUGUAAUGUAAUUAUUAAUUAGCCUGUCUCAUCUCAUGUUGGCAUUAUCUGCUGCUACAAAUUGUGACUAUUUAGCAGGUAGGGUAGGAUGAUUGUAUAAAGAGAGUUCUUUGGAUUCUUA